GAUUAAGAUUUUGACCUAUUUAUCUUUCUCAGAUACGGGUAAAUAAACAGUUUAUUCAUGGGUCAAAUAAAAUAAAUACUGUUCUCGAUGGAGAUCCCUGGAGUGUUCCAACUACUAUAGAUGGUUUCUAGAUCUUUCAGAAAUAGUUAAAUUCCUAGAUUACCCUAAUCGGACAUCUACAAAAUUUGGAAAGCUUGGAACUGAUUUUAGUUUUGAGGUUGUAAUCUUACUACUCGAUCUCUUCAUUAUUGCAAUAAAGAAAAUAUAUAUAUCAUAUAUAAUAUGCCACGUGUGAGGCCAGAGUUGCAGAUUUUUAUCAAAAAGAAUCCAAAACUUGCAAGGCUAUAGUGCACCACGUCCACAUAAACACAAUUCUCUCAGCACUAAAUAUAACUAGCUAGCUCAUUUCACUCUUGGCUGUUCCAACUUUUCCUGUUCACAAAUAUUUCUAUUCUUUGAUCAGUUGGAAAGUGCGGGAGUUUUGUUAAUUACCAUUUCCUCUACUUGUGCUGUGCAUUAAGCUGUAGAGAAGAUGGGAACUACCAUAUUUACUAGUUGUAGCUUUCCCUGGAAAUAUCAUCAUCAACAAAUGGUUCCUUCCAGCCAUUUGCUUGGUCAUUCUUCACAGGAAACUGGAGUAUCAAGAAUUAGAGCGACCAUAGAACCAAGAGAAUUUGAGAAACCCAUUGGACUUUUAAAGAGAAGAUCAGCUUUGGUUUCUGGGAUUUCCUUGGCGUCAUCUACAAUUUUGGGAUUUCCAGGAGAUGGACUGGCAGCUGUGAAACAAGGCCUUUUAGCGGGAAGGAUCCCUGGUUUAUCUGAACCAGAUGAACAAGUGAAUGGUCAACUUCGUUAUGCAAAAUAUGCUCAGACAGGCUGGAGGACAUACCGCAGGCCAGAUGAUAAAUCUGGAGGUCAUGGCGUCGGAUGGAGUCCAAUUAUCCCUUAUGCUUUUAAAGUGCCUCAAGAAUGGGAAGAGGUUCCAGUAUCUAUUGCUGAUCUUGGCGGCACAGAGAUUGAUUUGAGAUUUUCCAGUUCCAAGGAAGGACGUCUGUUUGUCAUUGUUGCACCUGUUCUUAGAUUUGCAGAUGAUCUCGGUGACAAUGCAACAAUCGAACGCAUUGGACCUCCAGAGAAAGUGAUCAAUGCGUUUGGACCAGAAGUUAUUGGAGAGAAUGUAGAAGGGAAGGUUCUAAGUAUGAAUGUAGCAGAACAUUCUGGAAGGAUGUAUUAUCAGUUCGAGCUAGAGCCACCUCACGUACUUAUCACUGCAACUGCUGCUGGAAAUCGCCUAUACCUUUUCAGUGUAACAGGGAAUGGUCUUCAAUGGAAGAGGCACUACAAGGAUUUGAAGAGAAUAGCUGAAUCUUUCCGUGUUGUGUAGUCAAGCUCUGUUCAUAAAGUAAUAUAGGCAAAAGUAGGAUGCAGUUUUUUUGACCAUAUGAUCUAAUGUAAAGCAAAAAAAUAUGCAGAUAGGAGAAUGUAUUCACAGCAAAAUAUAUUCAAAUUCCAUAUCCUCGUGCAGAGAACAUUUACAAAAUUCGAUGUGGAGUUCAAAAAUGAAUUUACAUUAGAAUACAUUCAAGUUAUGUUUGAAUGA